CUGCAACCCCAUCAAGAACCGCACCGCCUCGCAUUGCAUGUUGGCAUUGUAUCAUUGUCUUCAUGAAGAUUGGGUUUUGAACAAACACUUCAAACCUCUUUGACUUGAUUCCGGCGUCCUAUCAUGGCGCCCGGAGCAGCAAGCCGGCCAAGAGGUCGCCCGAGGAAGGUCGAGAGCCUUACCAGCAGUGCUGCCAGUUCGAGGCCUUCAUCUACCAGACGCUCUGCCCGCAACGACCUUCCUAAACUCAACAACAAAGGCACUUCCACUUCCAUGCAAUCAAUCCCGAAUAGCGAUGAUGCCUCGAGUUCUGAUUUCCCAGAGAUCUCGAUGAUUAGUCAAUAUACAAGUGCGAAGAAGGCCGUCAAGAGUCGGGAGUCAUUUGCCUCCGUGGCUACCUCCAACGACUUUAACGAGGAUAGCGGAUACUCUACACCUGCAACCAGUGCUGCUGUUACUCCUGCAGAACAACAAAAAUCCUCUUAUGCAAAACGAGGUCGUCGACCCGCAGGAAUUUCUGCAACCGAGUUCUCUACACCAGCUGUCAACGCUGUUGCCAGAGCAGCUGCUCUGCGAAACAGCAAGUUCUCAUUGAACUCUACCAACAAGAAGCGCAAGGCCGUCGUCCUAGAUUCUGACGGUGAGGGCGGCGACUCCGACAAUACUCCCGAUGCUCAGCUCGCACGCGCACUGCAAGAGCAGGAAGAUGCUGCUGCCGACACCAUGAGUGGCAUGGAUACCGACGGCGUCGUUCCUCGACGAACACCUCGCAAAGUCAAGAAGAUCCUCCCAAAGAUCGACUUUGCAUCCGACUUUGGCGAUGAAUCCGACGAUGGUGAUUUUGAGAUGACAGACUUCUCCCCUGGUCUUGCCAAGCGACCCAAGAUCGAGCUUGGUGCCAGUGGUUCGAAUACUAUCAAGUUCUCCUCAACCAAGAAAUCCAAGAUCAUCAAAGACUCUGAUGAGAGCGAUAAUUUUAUUGCGAUCGACGAUUCCGUUGAAGAAGACGAUGACUCGGACGCUCCCAUUCCAAUGAGUGGUGGGAUGUCCCGAGCCAAGUUUCCUAACAUCAAGUCCAGCUCAAAGACUACUACUCCAUCUUCCAGCUCCACACGCCGCCGCGGACUCGGAGCGCUCUCUGGAGUAUCAACCAAGAAGGACAAACUCUCUUCUUCUUCAGCGGUAGGCCCCUCCAAACUAAACCGACAAGAUACAAAGGCAUCCACUGCCAGCUCUGGUCUGAUCAGCGAUGCCCCACUCGAUCUUGACGACAGCGAUCUCAGCAGCUCGGAGUUUAUCUCUGAUCUCUCCGACUCCGACCUCUCAAGUGGCGAUGACAAUGCUGCCCCGGUCCUUGGAACAACUCCUGUCCGUUCACGAAGAGGUGCUCGUCAACGAAUCAACCUGUUGGAGGAAAGACACAAUCGUCGUGGCAGACAAGAACGUGCUCGCCUCGAAGCACACCAUCCAGAGCUCCACACCAUGUGGCAAGACUUGGAUAAUCUCCCAAAGAUUGGCUCCGUCACGAUUGAGCAGCCAAAGAACAUCAAUCGCGAACUCAAGCCCUUCCAGCUUGAAGGUGUUGCCUGGAUGCAGGCCAUGGAGCAGACGGAGUGGGGUGGCGGAUUGCUUGGUGAUGAAAUGGGCAUGGGAAAGACGAUCCAAGCAGUCUCCCUUAUUAUGUCUGACUGGCCUGCCAAACAGCCCUCUCUCGUCCUAAUCCCUCCAGUCGCACUUAUGCAAUGGCAGCAAGAAAUCAACGACUACACCGAUGGCACCCUGAGAACCUUUGUCUUCCACGGCACCAAUGCCCAGACCAAGGGGAUUUCGGUCCAGGAGCUGAUGAAGUACGAUGUCAUUCUCAUGUCAUACAACAGUCUUGAGUCAAUGUUCCGCAAGCAAGAAAAGGGCUUCAAGCGCAAGAAUGGUCUUCACAAGGAGAAGAGUGUCAUUCAUCAGAUCCAUUUCCAUCGAGUCAUUCUUGACGAGGCACACAACAUCAAGCAACGCACCACUGGUUGUGCCAAAGCCUGCUUCGCGUUAAAGGCUGAUCACAAGUGGUGCUUGUCUGGCACUCCAUUACAGAACAGGAUCGGCGAGUUCUUCUCACUUGUCCGCUUCCUCGAUAUCAAACCAUUUGCGUGCUACUUCUGCAAGCAGUGUCCCUGCUCGACUCUCAAUUGGGAGAUGAACGAGGACAAUCGCUGCUCUGGUUGCAACCACAGUGGCAUGCAACAUGUUUCUGUAUUCAAUCAGGAACUCCUCAACCCCAUCCAAAAGUUCGGCAACAAGGGACCUGGAGCUGAGGCGUUCAAGAAGCUUCGCAUCCUGACCGAUCGAUUCAUGCUUCGUCGCGUCAAGCGCGAUCAUUCCUCUUCCAUGGAGUUGCCAGCGAAGGAGAUCUACGUCGACCGUCAAUUCUUUGGUGAGGAGGAGAAUGAUUUCGCCGGCAGUAUUAUGAACAAUGGCACUCGCAGAUUUGAGACCUACGUCGCUCAAGGUGUUCUUCUCAACAACUAUGCUAAUAUCUUCGGUCUUAUCAUGCAGAUGCGUCAGGUUGCUGAUCACCCUGAUUUGAUCCUGAAGAAGAAUAGUGAGGGUGGUCAAAAUGUUCUAAACUGCUGCAUCUGUGAUGAUCCUGCCGAGGAGGCCAUCCGCUCUUCUUGCCGUCAUGACUUUUGUCGCGAGUGUGCCAAGAACUAUUUGCACUCUUCUGAAAACCCCGACUGCCCUGUCUGCCAUAUUCCCCUCAGCAUCGACCUCGAGCAACCCGAUAUUGAACAAGACGAACAAAUGGUCAAGAAGUCCUCAAUUAUCAAUCGAAUCAAGAUGGAGAACUGGACCUCCAGCUCGAAGAUCGAAGCCCUUGUUCACGACCUCCACGAGCUGCGAUCCAAGAACAUGUCCCACAAGUCUAUCAUUUUCAGUCAGUUCACCACCAUGCUGCAACUUGUCGAAUGGCGUCUCCGCCGUGCAGGCAUAACAACCGUCAUGCUCGACGGCUCCAUGACUCCUGCCCAGCGCCAAGCAUCCAUCAACCACUUCAUGACAGACGUCAACGUCGAGUGUUUCCUCGUCUCCCUAAAAGCUGGUGGCGUAGCUCUCAACCUGACAGAAGCCUCGAAGGUCUUCAUCGUCGACCCGUGGUGGAACCCAGCUGCUGAAUGGCAGAGCGCAGAUCGAUGCCAUCGUAUUGGCCAAGCUCGUCCCUGCUCCAUCACUCGUCUCUGCAUUGAGGAUUCAGUCGAGUCUCGCAUGGUGCUUCUGCAGGAGAAGAAAGCGAAUAUGAUCAACUCUACCAUCAACGCCGACGAGACUGCAAUGGAGAGCUUGACUCCGGAGGAUAUGCAGUUCUUGUUCCGUGGUAAUUAAGCUGGGCCUGUCGUGGUGGAAUGCUUCCGGUUGUCUGCUGAGUUUUAUGUUUCCUUCUUUUUGAUGCUUGCGUUUAUGAUGUGCAUAUGGGGUGCCUAGUUGGUUUUUAUCCGGGGCGUUUGUUCUGUGCAAGAAUGUUUAUUAUGCUUGCCCUU